AUGGCUGAUAAUGAACCAAGGACAAAGGCCGAUGACAACAGGCUGAAACCUGCGAUUCGGAGUCACCAGCGAACGCCGUCUGGGUCACGGGAUUUCAAAGAAGCGACCAAACGUGAUGCUCUCGCCAGGCUCGAAGUGGAACUGGAUCGUCUCGUCUCAUGUUUACCGGAAACCAAGAAGGUUCUAGUAGAUAAAGAGUUCCAAGGGUUCAAGAACCUCUUUCGUAGAUUUUUGGCUGAACAGGGACCUUCGGUAACAUGGGAGAAGAUCCAGAAGCUUCCAGAAGGCGCAGUCACAGACUAUUCGACUCUAAAAAUACCGACCACCGAUAACGUUCAUCUCAUGCUGGAUAAACUCGUGGUGGUAAAACUGAAUGGUGGUCUAGGCACGUCCAUGGGGUGUAAGGGACCCAAAUCAGUUAUUCAAGUCAGAAAUGAACUAACCUUCUUGGAUUUGACCGUACAGCAAAUCGAGCACUUAAAUAAAACAUACAAAUGCAAUGUUCCACUCGUUUUGAUGAAUUCAUUCAACACGGAUGAAGAUACGCAGAAGGUGAUUCGUAAAUACAAAGGUUUAAAGCUGGACAUACACACAUUCAACCAGUCCUGCCAUCCGAGGAUCAAUAGAGAAUCACUUUUGCCAAUUGCCAAGAAUCCCGACGUACAUUCGGAUAUUGAUGCAUGGUACCCACCAGGUCACGGCGACUUCUACGAAUCCUUUUACAAUUCUGGUCUCCUCCAGAAAUUCAUAAAGGAAGGCAGAACUUACUGCUUCAUCAGCAACAUCGAUAAUUUGGGCGCAACAGUUGACUUGAACAUUCUCAAUCUGCUCCUAAACCCUGAACAUGAAGCUUCAUCAGAGUUCGUCAUGGAGGUCACAGACAAAACACGAGCUGACGUGAAGGGAGGCACUCUAAUACAAUAUGAGGACAAGUUACGACUGUUGGAAAUCGCUCAAGUCCCAAAAGAGCAUGUCGAUGACUUCAAGUCAGUGAGCCAGUUCAAAUUCUUCAACACGAACAAUUUGUGGGCUAAAUUGGGCGCAAUCCAAAGAGUAGUUGAACAAGGAUCACUAAACAUGGAAAUAAUAGUGAAUAACAAAAGUUUGGCAGAUGGUGUAAAUGUUAUACAAUUGGAAACAGCUGUGGGUGCAGCGAUGAAGUGUUUUGAAGGUGGAAUUGGAGUGAAUGUACCUAGAAGCAGGUUUCUUCCAGUAAAGAAAACGUCUGAUCUUCUACUUGUCAUGUCCAAUUUGUACAGUUUGUCGCAUGGCUCGUUAGUAAUGUCUAAUCAAAGGAUGUUCCCUUCGACGCCGCUGGUCAAACUUGGUGACAACCAUUUUGCGAAGGUCAAGGAUUUUCUAAACAGAUUCGCAACUAUACCCGAUUUGAUUGAGCUCGACCAUUUGACAGUGUCUGGUGACGUUACUUUUGGAAGAGGUGUCUCUUUGAAGGGUACCGUCAUAGUGAUCGCAAACCACGGAGACCGUAUCGACAUACCAUCAGGCGCUGUACUGGAAAACAAAAUCGUAUCCGGCAAUUUACGUAUAUUAGACCAU